GAGACUCCAUUACCGCCGAUUUUAUCGAUUACUCGAUCAUACAUAAUCUCCUUCUCCUUCCUAUUCCAAGCAUCGAUCCAAUACCACCACAUCUUCCUUCAAUCCCGCCAUUUCCUAAUCCCCCGGCUUAGAAAUGAAACCUUAGUUUUCAGCUGAUAUUACAUAGAAGUGUGAUUCAACUAUGAGCACUCAGAAGCAGGUAGUGACAGUUCGCGACCUGGUAGAGGAAGCUAAGAAACGAAUCGUUAUACUAGUGAUAUGCGUCGUCGGACUCUCAUACCUCCUCUCCCUGACGAGUUCAUCGGUUUGGAUCAACCUCCCUGCAUCUGCGUGCUUGAUCAUCCUCCUUCGUUACUUCGCAUUCGAUAUCGAAUUAAAAAGAAAAGCUGCAGUUUACAACAGCAAACCUUCUUCACUGAAUGCACCGUCUCUAAAUAAGCCUCCAGAGCUUCCUAAAGCAGCUCCACGGUCUGAUUGGAGAAGUAAAGUGAACUCACAGGUCGUUGAGGACGCGAUGGAUCGCUUCACACGUCACCUGGUUUCUGAAUGGGUGCUUGAUCUUUGGUACUCCCGCAUAACACCGGAUAAGCAAGGUCCUGAGGAGCUUGUUUUUAUUAUUAACGAUGUUCUUGGAGAACUUUCACGGCGGUUUAGGAACGUUAAUCUGAUUGAUCUCUUGACAAGGGAUCUGAUUGAUAUUAUAUGUCGUCAUGUGGAGCUUUUCCGUGAAUGUCAAGCAAAGAUUGAGAGAAAACAAAGGAGAAGACUUAGUUUCGAAGACCGAGACUCAGAACUAAGACGUGUGAUGGCCACUAAUGAUAAAUUGCACCCUGCGUUAUUCUCUCCUGAAUCUGAGCAUAAGGUUUUGCAGCAUAUAAUGGACAGACUCAUUUCACUAACGUUUAGCCCAGAGGAUAUGCAAUGUGCCUUUUUCCAUUAUACCGUGAGGGAGCUUCUUGCUUGCUGUGUGAUGCGACCAGUCAUUAAUUUAGCUAAUCCUCGGUUCAUUAAUGAGAGGAUUGAAGCUGUUAUGAUAUCAAGGAUAAAGACUAAUGACGGAUCUAGUGCUGCAAAGGAGACUUCUCAAUCUGAAGAUUUCUCGGAAGUUUCUCAUGAUCAUUUUUCUGGAUAUCUGGACCCCUCUGUCGCAGGUGUUGAGCUUGUGCAACUGAAAAAGGAACAGCAAAAAAAGGAAAAUGCUUCAGAUAAACAUCAUAUAGCAGAUUUGGCCAAAGAUCCGUUGCUUUCAAUGGAAACUCGAUCUUCCCGAUCGUGGGACUCCCUCCCCUUUGAUGAUAGUAAAGAUCUUCAAGGGCAUCGAGGAGGAGAGGGAUGGGGUGACGUAUUAGAGAAGAUGUCACAGAGGAAAACUGAGACCCUUUCUCCCGAGCAUCUUGAAAGCGUGUGGGCAAAGGGAAGAAAUUAUAAAAAGAAGGAAGGUGAGAAAGUUGUUGAGCGGGUGCCCCCGAGAUUGUCUAUCAAGGAAUCGUGCAGCGAUGGUGAUAAUGCACGGCCUAAAAACUUCAACGAAAAUACUGUGAAUGCAAGAGGAUCCAAUCAGCAUAAGGUAGUAAAUAUAGACAGUCACGUAUCAAGUUAUUCCUCUGCUGAAGAGGACGAGGACGAGGAGUCAAAGAGUAGUCAUUCUUCUACAUCCGAGGAUGAGGAAACGGUAACAGGUCUAAACAGUCCUGGGACUCGAGUCUGGGAUGGUCGAACGAACAAAAAUCCUAGUGUUUCACCGAUACACCAUCCACUUGAAAAUUCUGGUCGUCGUUUCAAACAGACCAGUAAAGGGCAUGAACGUUAUGAGAAAGCAUCUAGGCAUCAAUCUAGCAGGAAGAGAUCCAAACGUUCUGGACACAUUCUAGGCGAUGAUGAUAGCGAUGAUUCUGAAAUUGAUUCUUUGGCUAGAACAUACAGUGGAAUCUCUGCAACCUCGUCUGCAUCGUACACUUCGGUGUCGGAAAGUGACCUUCGCAGUGCCCCUAGAAGUUCUUUGUUGGUUGAUUCCUUCGCCAAAUUGAAAUGUGAGGUUUUGGGUGCCAAUAUUGUGAAGAGUAGUUCUAAGAUAUUUGCUGUGUACUCAAUUUCUGUCACAGAUGAAAGUAAUCAUAGCUGGUCUAUCAAAAGAAGAUUUCGACAUUUUGAAGAACUUCACCAGCGGCUUAAAGUGUUUCCCGAGUACAAUCUUUAUUUACCGCCGAAGCAUUUCCUAUCAACAGGCGUGGACAUACCUGUUAUGAACGAGAGAUGUGUACUACUUGAUGACUACCUCAAGAAGCUUUUGCAGCUACCAAGAAUUUCAGGAUCAAUUGAAAUGUGGGACUUCCUUAGUGUGGAUUCCCAGACUUAUGCGUUCUCAAGUUCUUUCUCUAUCAUUGAGACGCUGACGGUUAAGCCUGCCCGUAAGUCAUCUACAGUUUCUACAUAUAUGGCCAAUAUGACGGAGGCGACACCAGGCCCUCUUCCUUCGAGAGAAAACCUGAGUUCAGAUAUUGGAAAAUCGGGUCAGCAUGUGAGGAAUAACGUUACGGUGGGUGAUGUGAAGUCAAAAGUGAAAGCUCCUGGAAAUGAUCAUACAAAGACGUCUGAUUCAGAUGUGAGGAACAACAAAGAAAAUGGCGGGCUGAAAAAGGGUACUCAAGCUGAUACUAUGGCCUUCGCCGGCUUGCCCACAGAGUGGGUUCCUCCAAAGCUAACCUUACCCCUACUAGACUUGGUAGAUGUUGUCUUACAGCUCCAGGAGGGUGGGUGGAUCAGGCGGAAAGCUUUUUGGGUUGCCAAACAGAUACUUCAGCUUGGGAUGGGCGAUGCAUUAGACGAUUGGGUACUUGACAAGAUUCGUCUUCUGAGGCGGGGAACUGUAGUUGCUUCUGGAAUUCAAAGAGUUGAACAGAUACUAUGGCCGGAUGGGAUAUUUAUGACAAAACAUCCAAAAAGGCAGCAACAAUCCAGUACCUCUGACGAGGAGCAGCAACAAGAAGCAGAGAGACGAGCCAAGUUUGUUUAUGAAUUGAUGAUCGAAAAAGCUCCAGCAACUAUAGUGAGCCUUGUGGGUCAAAGCGAGUACAAACAAUGUGCGGAAGACCUCUACUUCUUCCUUCAGUCAUCAGUGUGUCUAAAGCAAUUGGCAUAUGACCUUCUGGAGCUGUUGCUACUCUCCGCGUUUCCGGAAAUGGAGAAGGCUUUCAAACAGUUGCAUGACGAAAAACACCUCUUUGGUCAAUAUACAUCACCACCAAACUGAUACAUAAAUUGUGCUUUUGUAACAACUCUGCAUAUUACAUGGAGUUUUGCUAGAUUUGUGUAAACAGUAACAGAGCAGGCAGGCAUUUCAAAGAAUUAAUCAUAUACCAUCAAAAAAAGUC